UUUGUCACAUUGACCUUUGCCACCUCACUCGAUAGUCAGCUCUCCAUCGCGCCGGGGGUGCAGACGGCGCUUUCUGGACCGCAGUCAAAAUCAAUGACCCAUUUUUUGCGCUCCAAGCACGAUGCCAUCUUGAUUGGGGUGGGCACAGCCGUUGCCGAUAACCCCUCCUUGAACUGCCGCAUAGAGGGUGUGGGCGGCUACGGUGGUGAAGGUCUGGCCGGGCAGCCUAGGCCGAUUGUCGUCGAUCCGCAGGGCCGCUGGCAGUUUAGUGAAGAAAGCAAAGUGCUUAAGCUUGCUGGGGAGAGCAAGGGUAAGGCGCCGUUUAUCGUCACCCACGUGGAACCGUCGGACGAUCGCAGAGCUAUAUUAGAGAACGUUGGCGGGAAAUUCCUCGUCUUGGACCCAGCACCCAAGCACACAACCGAGACGAGUUCCCUAUGGCACAGGAUCCUCGAUGCGCUCAAAGAACAUGACAUUCAAAGCGUCAUGAUCGAGGGCGGCGGUUUUGUCAUCAACGACCUGCUUGGCCCUGGCCCUGCAUACUCGCUCGUUGAUUCAGUCAUUGUCACAAUAGCCCCGGUUUGGCUCGGAAAGGGCGGCGUGCAAGUUUGUCCUGACGGAGGGCCCGAAAGGCUACCUGUUACUAGAUUGAGGGAUGUCAGAUGGGUACCACUAGGCGAGGAUGUGGUACUGUGUGGGCGACCAAAUCAGGCGCUCCGGUGAAGAGACAUGCACUAGUCGAUUGGGAGUCGUAGCAUACAAACCAUGCCGA